AUGUGGCGGCGGCUGGCCGGGCUGCUGCUCGUCUUUGCGGCCGCCACGGCCGCGCUCUGGCUGUUGUCGGCCCGGCUGGGCUCGGGGCAGGCUCGCAGGCCGCUACGGUUCCCGUCGGACCUGGAGGAGUUGCGGGAGCUGGCCGAGGCGCUGCGGGAGUACGAGCGGCAGCACCGGGGCACGGCGCUGACCCUCUUCUGCGCCGCCUACCUCUACAAGCAGAGCUUCGCCAUCCCCGGUUCCAGCCUUCUGAACGUCCUGGCUGGAGCACUCUUCGGGCCGUGGACUGGGCUGGUGCUGUGCUCGGCCCUCACCUCUGUGGGAGCCACCUUCUGCUACCUGCUGUCUGGCACUUUUGGGAAGCAGUUCAUUGUCUCCUACUUCCCCGAUAAAGUGGCUCUGCUGCAAAGAAAGGUAGAAGAGAACAGGAGCUGCUUAUUUUUCUUCCUGUUGUUCCUGAGGCUGUUCCCCAUGACACCAAACUGGUUUCUGAAUCUCUCAGCUCCCAUUUUAAACAUCCCUGUGUCCCAGUUUUUCUUCUCUGUUCUCAUCGGUCUCACACCCUACAAUUUCAUCUGUGUGCAGACAGGAGCCAUUCUGUCACAGAUCACCUCCCUGGAUGCCAUUUUCUCCUGGGACACACUGCUCAAGCUGCUGGCCAUGGCUGUGGCAGCACUGAUCCCAGGGACCCUCAUCAAGAAGUACAGCAAGCAGCACUUAAAGCUGGAUGGAGAUGAUGCUCCAGUGCUCAAUGGCAGGAAGAGCUCCUGA